AAUCUCACGCUAAGUAUAGAAAGUUAGCAACCUCCUAGCCAGCCUCUAGCUACGCCUACGCCCGUACAAGAGUUUAGAAAAGCUAGACUCCCUAAUGUUAGAAUCUUCGAGAAAGGCUCACACGAAGAAUACACGCAGUGGAAGAUGCAGAUCCGUACGAAACUAUCAGCGGAUUAUCUAGCUUACCCUACGGAGUUCUACCAAGCUUACUAUGUAAUCUCCCGUACGGGAGGACUAGCCUUUUUAGUAUUACAGGCUUACGUACAAGACUUCACGAGCAGAAAUCUAUCACCUAGCUUGAGCAAGCUUUGGGAGCAACUAAACGCGUUCUUCGAAGACCCUUUAAUUAAGCAAAAAGCUCUAUAGUAUCUCCGUAC